UGGGGGGCCCGGGACCGGAAUGGGACAGCGGCUGAUCGGGGGAUGCCGGGAUCGGACAGCUGGUCAGGGUGUCCCAGGAGCGGGCAGAGACUGGUCAGGGGGUGCCGGAACGGGGCAGUGUCCGGGGUCCUCUCGUGUCCCGGCGCCAUGGCCCGCUACGCGCCUGACUGCACCAAGUAUGGGAACUAUGCGUGUCCAAGGGACUACCAUCCAGUUUGUGGCACCGAUGGAGAGACCUACGGAAACGAGUGUGUGCUCUGCCUUGCUAACAGUGAAGAUAACACGAAUAUAGAAAUUCUCCGAAAGGGACAUUGCUGAUAUGUCAGUUGGCCACUUUUCAAGAAAAUAAGAGGGUCACAGACAAUCCAAAUGAAAACAAUGCCUUAAGUGUACUUUCUAUGUAGCCUGUCUUAAUAAACAAGCUUGCAUAUUUAAAGUACGUUUACUGCAUUAAAAUCAGUAAACUGCAUUGUAAACCUA